GGCAUAAUGUGUGGGUGACAGCAGGAGGCUGCAGGACUAGGGUCCAUUGUGUCUGAUCACUGGAGAUUCCAUCGUUAGUGCUGAGGCAGUAUGGGAUCACGUCACCAUGGCCAACCGGGAGUUGGCAUUUAAGGCUGGCGACGUCAUCAAAGUCUUGGAUGCUUCCAACAAGGAUUGGUGGUGGGGCCAGAUCGACGAUGAGGAGGGAUGGUUUCCUGCCAGCUUUGUGAGGCUCUGGGUGAACCAAGAGGAUGGGAUGGAGGAAGGGCCCAGCGAUGUGCAAAAUGGGCACCUGGACCCCAACUCAGACUGCCUCUGUCUGGGUCGUCCACUACAAAACCGGGACCAGAUGCGGGCCAACGUCAUCAAUGAGAUCAUGAGUACUGAACGCCACUACAUCAAGCACCUCAAAGAUAUAUGCGAGGGUUACCUGAAACAGUGUCGAAAGAGGAGAGACAUGUUCAGCGAUGAGCAAUUGAAGGUGAUCUUUGGGAACAUUGAAGACAUCUACAGGUUUCAGAUGGGCUUCGUGAGAGACCUGGAGAAACAGUACAACAAUGAUGACCCCCAUCUCAGCGAGAUAGGACCCUGUUUCCUGGAGCAUCAAGAUGGAUUCUGGAUAUACUCUGAGUACUGUAAUAACCACCUGGAUGCCUGCAUGGAGCUCUCCAAGCUGAUGAAGGACAGUCGUUACCAGCACUUCUUUGAGGCCUGUCGCCUCUUGCAGCAGAUGAUCGACAUUGCUAUUGAUGGCUUCCUAUUGACUCCAGUGCAGAAGAUCUGCAAGUAUCCCUUACAGCUGGCUGAGCUUCUCAAGUACACUGCCCAGGACCACAGUGACUACAGGUAUGUGGCAGCUGCUCUGGCUGUCAUGAGAAAUGUAACUCAGCAGAUCAACGAGCGCAAGCGGCGUUUGGAGAAUAUCGACAAGAUUGCCCAGUGGCAAGCCUCUGUCCUUGACUGGGAGGGUGAGGACAUCCUAGACAGAAGCUCGGAGCUGAUCUACACUGGAGAGAUGGCCUGGAUCUACCAGCCCUACGGCCGCAACCAACAGCGGGUCUUCUUCCUGUUUGACCAUCAGAUGGUCCUCUGCAAGAAGGACCUGAUCCGGAGAGACAUCCUAUACUACAAAGGCCGUAUUGACAUGGAUAAAUAUGAGGUGGUUGACAUUGAAGAUGGUAGAGAUGAUGACUUCAAUGUCAGCAUGAAGAAUGCCUUCAAACUUCACAACAAGGAGACUGAAGAGAUACAUCUGUUCUUUGCCAAGAAGCUGGAGGAGAAGAUUCGCUGGCUCAGGGCUUUCAGAGAAGAGCGGAAAAUGGUGCAGGAAGAUGAAAAAAUUGGCUUUGAAAUUUCUGAAAACCAGAAGAAGCAAGCAGCAAUGACUGUGAGAAAAGUCCCUAAACAAAAAGGUGUCAACUCUGCCCGCUCAGUUCCUCCUUCCUACCCACCACCGCAGGACCCGUUAAACCAGGGCCAGUACCUGGUCCCCGAUGGCAUCGUUCAGUCACAGGUCUUUGAAUUCGCCGAACCCAAGCGCAGUCAGUCACCGUUCUGGCAAAACUUCAGCAGGUUAACCCCUUUCAAAAAAUAAUACCUAGAGGGGAGGCAGAUAAUUUUAAAAUAAAGAAA